UCGUGGAGAUUGCUGAGCGGAGCUCCAUCUCCGCUUCUCCGAUGAUAACUGAUAAAUAGCUUUCCUUGGCACAUCAAAAAAAUUUAAGUUACCAUGGAAAACCAUGAAACCUCCCCCGCCAAAUCAACUGUCAACUUGACUUUCCAUUCACGAGAGCAGCAAGCACAAAUACAACCACCACCACCACCACCAAUGGAGGUCCAAUCACCCAUCACCACCACCUCCGCUUUCAACACUGUCUCUUCUCUUCCGCCGCCCUCAAAGUCUGAAACCACCCCUCCGCCCUCAAAGCCUGAAACCACCCCUCAGCCGCCAGAUCCUAAAAAAUCCGCUCCUGAACCUCCCGAUUUCGUCACCGUCCCAAGCUACUCAAGUUGGUUCAAAUGGAACGAGAUAGACGAGUGCGAGGUGCGGCAUAUGCCGGAGUUCUUCACGGAUAACUCAGCAUCAAAGAACCCUAAUGUUUACAAAUAUUACAGGAAUGCCAUUGUCAAGAAUUUCAGGUCCAACCCUUCUAAAAAGCUCACCUUUACAGAAGUUAGGAGGUGGCUUGUCGGAGAUGUGGGGUCCAUUCGCCGGGUGUUUGAUUUUCUUGACACGUGGGGCCUUAUCAAUUACUCCCCGCCCUCUGGAAAGCCGCCUUUCAAGUGGGAGGAGAAGGAGAAAGAGAAAGAGACCGCCAAGGCUAACGCUGCCGCUGCGGCCGCCUCUCCUGCAUCACAACCUUCUACAGGGGCUGCUGUUGUUGCUGCUGCGAAUUCCAAUGUUCGGAAAUCAAACAAGCUGUGCAGUGGCUGCAAAGUUGCUUGCACUAUUGCCUGCUUUGUCUGUGAUAAGUAUGACCUGGUGCUCUGUGCUAGGUGCUAUGUUCGUGGUAACUACCAGGUUGGUGUUAAUUCUUCAGAAUUCAGGCGGGUUGAGAUUAAUGAACCAGUGAAGACAGAUUGGACUGAAAAAGAAACUUUGCAACUUCUGGAAGCCGUUAUGCAUUAUCGUGAUGACUGGAAGCGUGUGGCUGAACAUGUUGGUGGUAGAACCGACAAAGAAUGCGUUGCUCGUUUUAUUAAGCUUCCCUUUCGGGAGAAAUUUGCGGAGCCUGGAGGUAUAGGUGAGGACCAAGUGGAUUCUGAAUCUGGAAUAGAACCCCCUGCAAAGAGAAUGCAUCUUACACCACUUGCUGAUGCUAGCAACCCAAUUAUGGCUCAGGCUGCAUUUUUGUCAGCUUUGGCUGGUAUUGAGGUUUCAGAAGCUGCUGCUAGAGCAGCAGUGUCAACUCUAUAUGACAUGGAUGGUCUAACAAGUAGGGGCAGUGGUCAGUUGCAGGCCUAUUCGAUAAAAGUGCAAGAUCCUGCUGUUGAAUCCAGUGGUGGUUCUGUAGCUUGUACACCAGAAGAAGCUCGUGUAGAGGCAGAGUCUCUGCUCAAGCAGGAGGAGGACGAGUUUUUAAAGUCCAUAGCAAUCAUUAUCGAAGCUAAGAUGAAAGAGAUCCAAGAUAAGAUUGAUCGUUUUGAGGAAAAGGAUUUGCAGUUGGAAAGGGAAUGGCACCAGUUACGUCAAAUGCAACACCAGCUUUACCUAGAUAAGCUCACUCUUUUAUUUCACAAGACUUCUGCGCCUAAAUCCGUAGAAAAUGUAUCAGAGGGAAAUGUCAGAACAGAAUUUCCUACAUCUAGUUAGUUAGUUCAACCAUAAUGUGUAGUUGUGAUAUUAAAAAUCUCCAAAGCUGUGGUUGCUAAUUGUUUCUUGUAAUAUUUUAAAGUAAGAGGGAAUAUGUUACAUGUAAUUUAGGGGUAAAAAGUUAAUGGAACAAAAAAUCAUUUCAUGCGCCGAGUGCGAUUGUGGUAUACGGAGUAUCUUAUUAUCUUCAA